UUUCAAUGCCCCAUUAACAAAAGCACAUGAUGGGUGGUACAUGAGGGUCAGGGGGUGUGUUUGGAGUGACAUCAACUGAGACAAUAAAAGAGCUCCUUAGUUACUUAGAAGUCUUCUAGACCAAUUAAGCAGAUUUUAAAUCAACUUCUGCGGAAAACCUGCUUGAGAAACUUUGUUAUCAUGACUUCAAUCAGAGACAUGGCUAAAAGUGCAAUCAUUUUAUGGGCAGUCUGCUUCUUUGCCAACUCCGAUGGGAAAGCUGUGGUGAAGAGGUCAGUGAGUGAAAUGCAAAUGAUGCAUAAUUUGGGGGAACACCUGCAUUCUGCAAACAGGCAAAACUGGCUCCUUGAGAAACUGCAGACUGUGCACCAUGACCCCCAGGCCGAUGAAGCAGCAGGAGCAGUGGAUGUUAAGGCCCGUGAGGUCCGAAGCUGGAGGUUGCUUCCUAAUGACCUGCAGGCAAAGCUGCAAAAGAAAGCAGUGGAUUCUAACAAAAAUUAUAGAGAUGUCACCUUCAAAACAAGACUCCAGUGAGAGGGUCCAUAGUGUUCUCUUUCCAGCUAAGUACAUAUAGUAGUGAGCAAUUAGGGCAUUUUGUUAUUUAUUGUUUAUAAAAUGAUGUUUAAGGGCA